GCAACACUUCUAACAUCUGUCAAAACCAUAAAAUCGAUGAUCGAAGUGUUUUGUGACCAUUAUUUUAAAAUAUUUAAUUUUUAAUAAAAAUAAGAUGUAGCUGGAGAUUUCUAACUGCAUUUAUUUCACAGCAAUGUUCAGUACUUAAAUCUUACUCUUAAAUUUCAUUCAACACAUAAAAGACAUUAUUAAAAAUGGGUAACAGAGAUGUGUUUAUGGCGAGGUAUUCCGCAUUCAGCCCCUACCGGCUGAGGGAAAGGGAGAUGGGCUUCCCGACCCCUAUAGGCGCUGAAGAUGCCAUGGCGAAGAGCUUAUAUUGUGGCAUGAAGCCCAUAGCAUCUUGGGAUUUCGACCGAAGCAAGACUGUGCCCACUGGAGGCGUGUUCAACCUUGAGUUCUCGCCGGACGGGACAAUGUUGGUGGCAGCUUGUGAGAAGAAAUCAAUACAGAUAUUUGAUCCUCUGACUCAUCAGAAGAUUCAAUCUGUCAAUGAUGCACAUUCAGAUUGUGUUAAUUGUGUUAAAUUCCUGGACGCCCGAAUGUUCGCGACAUGCUCGGACGACACAACAAUAGCGUUGUGGGAUGUGCGCAACUUAAAGAAGAAAAUACGCACACUGCUUGGCCACUCCAAAUGGGUGAAGAACAUUGAGUUCUCAGUAAAAGACAAAUUGCUGGUGACUUCCGGAUUGGACGGCAGCAUAUACACGUGGGACAUAAACUCGUAUACCGAAUACAAUCUGGUGUAUCAGAAGGUGUUUCACACGUCGAGCCUGAUGAGGUGCAGGCUGUCACCCGACGCGCGGCAAAUGGUGAUGUGUACCACCGGCGGCUUGCUCAUCAUCAUUCACGACCUGAACCUGUCCACGUUAGCUCAAGAUUUACACGGAUUUAAGCCAAAUCUAUACAGGCUGAUGCAAAUGAGUCAACAAAUGAUACCAAUAGCAGCUAUGUACGACCAUCUGUUUGAUAGCAGUAGGAAGGAGAAUCGAGUGGAAUUUGUCGCUGACUUCCCCGAGGACAAUGACGCUGAGGUGGUCAGCGCGCUCCAGAUUCACCCACAAGGAUGGAGCGCUUUGAGUAGGAAUAUUAGUCAUGAUGAUAGGUCCGAGUGGACGUGCAUACACGACAUCCAGCCGCUGGAGUCGGAGCGCGGCGUGGCGCGCGACUCGUGCCGCGCUCCGCCGCGCUGCGCCCCGUCCCCCGCGCCUGCGCACGCGCCCGCGUCUCCGCCGCGCCGCGCGCGCCCCACCUGCCUGCCAGCGCGUGCGCGCCUCCGCCCGCUAGCGCGCACGCACUCGCGCUCGCAGCUACUCGACGGGAUAUCACCGGCGUCCCGCUCGCGAGCCGAGUCGGAGCCCGAGCCGGAGCCGGGCCCGAGCUCGGCGGCGUCGUCGGUGCCGGCGGAGGAACAACUCGCCGCGCCCGCCCCCGCGCCCGCCGCACCGCCCGCCGCACGACUCGUCGCGAGCAUGUCUAGUAUUCAGAACGACGUGUGGGAAGCUUCCAUCACGGUCAAGCAGAAUAGAAUGCUCCAAGAAUUUUACAGCAGGGGGCAAUUGCGGCGGAACUUCAACAUGCAGCGGAUAACGGGCAUCAACACGGGCAUCACGCCGCCCGCCGCGCUGCGCCCGCGCCUCACAGGAUUCGGCUUCGCCGUCGACCCCGGGGAGAGUAGCAUGUUGGCGCCGUCCACAUCGGGCCACACGUCUCGCGACAUCACCACCGAAGACGGUCCCGCGCCCAGGCGAUACGCGGAUAGGUUCAUAAGGCAGAAUAAAGAAAGACUGCUCUACUACAUAGAGGAGACCAACGAGGGCAAAGGGUUUAUCAAAGAACUCUGCUAUUCAGCGGACGGUCGGCUAGUGUGUUCGCCUUUCGGCCGCGGUAUGCGACUCUUGGCAUUAAACGAAGACUGCAGCGAACUGCCACACUGCGUCCAGGAUCUCAACAGGCCACGGCUGAUGGUGGACGUGGGGCAAAGCCUCGGCAUUCACCAAGACCUGGUGGUUAGCUCAAGGUUCAGCCCCCGCUACCACAUGCUGGUGACAGGCUGCUUAGAGGGCAAGAUAGUGUGGUACCAACCGUACAGCGGCGAGGCUCUUUACUAGUUACUUAAUAAAUUAAAUUUACCUCAACACAUUUCAUAAAUCAAAUAGAUACCAAA